AUGGCUCAGCACCUCAAAAUAAUUUAUGGCGCAUUCCCACUAGCUUUAUUGCCAGGUGAGGAGGUGAAAAAAAUCAUCUCACUUUGCAAAGAAGCUGGUAUAAAGGAAUUGGAUACAGCUAGAAUUUACCCAGGUAGUGAGAAGUUUCUCGGAGAGUCAGGCGCCGCCAAGGAUUUUAUCAUUGAUACCAAGGCCCGUGCGUGGGUACCAGGAUGCUUAUCAAAGGAAGGUAUAUUUGAAUCCAUUGAUGAGUCCUUCAAGGAACUGAAGGUCCAAAGUGUGGAAGUAUUCUACUUGCAUUGCCCAGAUGAAUCAACGCCAUUUGAAGAAACGGUUGAUGCAAUUGAUGAAUUAUACAAACAAGGGAAAUUCAAAGCAUUUGGUUUGUCAAACUUCGUUCCAGAAGCUGUCAAGGAAAUAUAUGAGUAUGCAAAGAAAAAUAAUUAUGUUUUACCUACUGUAUACCAAGGUAAUUAUAAUGCAUUUUCUCGUAAAAUCGAGAAAGAUUUAUUUCCAGUUUUAAGAGAUCUCAAUAUCAAGUUUUAUGCCUAUUCCCCAAUUGCUGGAGGAUUUCUCGUGAAGUCCGUUAAACAGGUAGAAGACGGCGAGGGUAGAUUUGAAGAUAAAACAAUGGUGGGCAAAAUUUAUAGCAAGCUGUACAAAAAACCCUUAUUAUUGAAGGGGUUGGAGAAAUGGAACGAAGUUGCAGAGAAAAACAACAUAUCUAAACCUCAUAUGGCUUACAGAUGGAUAGCUUUCCAUUCUGCCUUGAAGACUGAAUACGAUGAUGCAAUUAUCAUUGGUGGUAAAAAUCACGAUCAAGUUUCAGAUACUUUGAAUGCUUUCAAGGAAGGACCGCUUCCAAAUUCAGUUGUUGCCGAAAUUGAGGAUAUUUGGCAAUCAAUCAAGGAUGAAGCACCAUUGGACAAUUUCCAUACGCAAUAA